CUUGCCUGAGUUGGUGUUGGGCAUAGACAACAUAAACGACCCUCUCAGUCGCUGAUUUCUCGUGGGCUUUCUGAACUAUGAUACCACGGUGCUAGAUCCAGCCACUUCCCCUUCCAUGGAUGCCCAUGCGCAUCUUCUUUCCCUUGGCUGGGCAGGUCCUGGCCACUCUCUCGACUCGAGGCCUUACAAACAAAAAGGGCACCGAGGCCUUGCUUACGAUCCCGCAAAGGUCGGCAAUAACGGCGUCGGUCUGGUAAAACCUCUCUUGAUUUCACAACGAAAGGGGCGAUUCGGCGUUGGAAAGAAGGCGCAUGAACCGCCGGCUGGGAAUCAGUGGUGGCUUAAAGGAUUCGAGAGUGCAUUGGGGAACAUCGGCAAGAGCGAGAGUGAGAGGAGUAGUGGCACGGCUACCCCGAUUGCACACGACUAUGGUGCUGGGAAACACGGCGGACUCUAUAGCUUCUUCGUCAAGGGACAAGAGAUGGAAGGCACAAUUGGUAAAGUUAGCGACAUAAAACGAACUUCGAAGAAACGGAAGAGCGAUGCCCUUGACGAUGGAGAACGGGCUGGUAUUGCAGAACCCACGGCAUCCAAGAACCGAGAAGCUGCGGCAGAAUUCGAAGAAGCUGGCGCAUAUUUUGCACUGCGUGACAAAGACGAGAAGCGUUGCAAGCGUGUGCAGAAACAGAAUCCUGUUGCAGAGUUUGAACAAGUCGGCGAGUACCUCCAGGCAAGGUUGGAGAAGAAACAAAAGAAGCGGAAAUCGCGAGUUGAGCCUGAGGUCACAGAGGUCGAUACCCCGGUCGACGUUGACAGCGAGGGGCGGCCACCGCCGAAUCGAGUAGAAACGAAAGAAGAGAGACGCGAACGGCGGAGACGACGAAAAGAGAAGAAGGAGCAAAAGCGAAAUGCAUUGGCAGAUCUGGAAAACCCGCAGCAACCUGUCUUACCGAACGAUGCCGUCACUGAAGGUGCGGGCGCCAAAGCUGAGCGAAGAGCAGAGCGGAAGCGCAGGAAAAGCGACAAGUAUACUAUCAAAUCUCCGACAGGGACUUGAGAGCAAGUUGCAAGACAUUGAGUGUGGAGUGCUCUGCGUGUGUGGUUACCGAAUCCCUACUGUGUCUGCGAGAUCUAUCUUGAUGCUUUUAUGGGAGACGAGACAAAAUCCAUCUCUGUAGCGAAUGAAUUGAUGACAGUCACGCAUUCGAGCCGCCACGAUGGCGCUUCCUAAAG